AAUGGAAAUAACCAGCAACUCAUUUGCUCUUCCUUUGCUCAUACUCUUCCUCUUAUUAUUAGGAUAUUUUUUUAUCUUGAAAGUUAACUACUGGAAAAGAUUACCCCCUGGUCCACGAGGUUAUCCCUUCAUUGGAGUCCUUCUGGCCCUAAAAAAUAGACCUCAUGUUGUCCUCCAAAAAUGGUGGAAAAAAUAUGGCGAUAUUUACAGCUGUUACAUGGGAAGUCGUCUAUGUAUUGUUUUAAAUGGUGACCGUCUUUUCAGAAGUUGUAUGGUAAAAGAUGGAAAAAACUACACAGGAAGACCAUGGAAUCUAUUUCGUAGAAUGGCACAAGAUUCUGGUAUAUUUUUUACGGAAGGUCUGAUUUGGAAACAACAUAGGCAAUGGAUUAUGAAAACAUUGCACGAUUUAUCUGUAAAUUUCGAUGAUAUAAUCCAUGAAGAAUUAGAUUAUCUCUUAGCCGAGAUUGAGGACGAUGGAAAGCUCUUUCAAGAAAAACUUUCGUUUGCCAUGAGUAAUACUAUGUGCAAAUUAAUUUUCAAUCAAAAAUUUCAUUACGACGACCCAAAUUUAAUCACCAAUUUAAAAAGUUUAAGGAUGUCUAGUAAAGCUCUUAAACAUACAGCUUUAGCGAAUUUUAUACCAUUUUUGGAGAUAUUUUUGAAAUUUUUCAAAAGAAAUGAUGACGGUAUUCAAGAAUGUCAAAUAGAAAGAGAAGCCUUGUCGAAAAAGUUUAUCAAGAGUGCUUGGGAAGAUCUAGAAUCAGAUUCCAAUUCAUUUAUCCAUUCUUAUUUGAAAGAGAUGCAAUCGAGUUCGGAAAAGUAUUCUACGUUUGAAGAACGUCAUCUUUUGAGGAUAAAUUUCGACUUGUUUGUUGCUUCAACUGAACCUAUAAGUGCUACUUUAGCGUGGUCUUUUCUUUUCUUAGCAAAAAAUCCCCAUAUUCAGAGUUGGAUCAGGGAAGAGCUGUUCGAAAAAUUAGGGAAAACUGGAAAAGUUGGUACAAAAUCGAAAAAAGAAUUAUUGAGAUUAGAAGCAACAUUAAUGGAAUGUCAUAGAAGAGCCAAUAUUGCCGUUUUAGGAAUUCCCAAAUGUACAACAAGAGACACUGUUGUUGAUGGGUAUUUAGUUCCCAAAGGAACAUGGAUCUAUUUCAAUAGGUAUGGGCUUCACGCGUCUGAAAAAUACUGGGAUGAUCCUGAAGAAUUUCGACCACAGAGAUUUCUGAAGGAUGAUAAAAUAUUAUACAAUCUAAAUGGUUAUGCUCCCUUUGGAGAUGGACCAAGAAGUUGCGCUGGAGAGAAAUUCGCAAAGACAGAAAUUGCUAUUGUAAUAGGAACUAUGUUACAGAAAUACGAAUUAAGCAUAAAGGAAGAUGUUAAUUACGAGCCUCAGCCCGGAAUUUUUCUCUUUCCAAUGAAUUACAGACUUAUUUUAAAGAAAUUAUAA